UAUAUACAUAUGAAUAUGUGUAGAUACAUGUGUAUACUUCACAGAUAUGCGUGUGUAGAUAUAGAGAGCUGUCAUCUAUCUAUAUCUGUAUAUGCUCAUGCAGAGCAAUGCAUACUGAGCAUGGCCCAUGUAAUAUGGUGGUAGCAGGCCACCUGGCUGGUAAUUGUGCUGUGGACACUUAAUAUCUGUAGUGUCAAGAUACUCACAUCCACAGAAUUUGCUGUUUUGGAUUCUCUCUUACCUUGUUACGUAUUCAAGUUGCAGUGGGAUUUAGACCUGUGGCGUUCCUCUUAUGGCCUGAGAUUUAGUUUAAAUCAUCAUUGUUGGACUGCUUGAUGGUUAAGAGACUCACUGGUUUUAUUUACAAAAAUGGAAAAAAUAAAAGAAAAUGUAAAAAACAAAACAGAAAACCCAGUCCCCAACCUGCACUCUACCAGCCCCCAUCACCCACUCCAGCUCCCAACUUUUCUGGACUGAGUGGCCACAGAGACUGGGUCAUCUUGGAUUCCCUCUGCCUCUGAGGACCCCAACAGACACCCCCAACCCCAGGCCAGCCGGCCCCGCGCUGGAGUGGCCAAAAUACUACCUAGCACAGGCUUCCGCUUGAGGCACCCCCAAACUACCUAUGUAUCCAGCACCAGAGGGCCUCCAUUCCCAGGAAGCCCCUGUGUAUCCUAACACUGGUAGACACCCAGCGCCACCCUCCCAGACCUGAAAGAACGUGAAUCUCAGUACUACCUACUCCCCUAAAGCUACCUAUUUAGUGCUGGCUGGCUUACUUGCUACCUAGUGCCAACUCCUCCCAGGCAAGGCCCCCGAUGCAAAAACAAAAAACAAAACAAAGAAAUGGUUUACAGCAAGAGAAAGUUUACAAAGAAAGCACUCCAAAAAUUGAGAGGACCCAGCUGAAUAAAUUCUCAGGCCUUCAGGAACUGUGGACUCGGGGCUUCUGUUUUUCUUCUUUCUGACUUCUCUGCUACUUUUCUUGCUACUGUGGAGGUGACUAAUCCAUACAAAGGCAUGAGCAAGGGAAGUACACUCUGUUUAUAAAUAUGUAAAGCCUCAACUGAAGGUGACCCAGGGCUGCAAUUAGAUGUUUAGUCUCUAAAAACAAACUUCAGAGCUUCCUUGUGGCUUUUUUCUUCUAGCUCUGUGGUGUGAGGUGGGCAGGAACAGAUCAUCAAAAGGGAGGUUUAUGAUUCCAGGUGGCACGCUCUGGCCACAAAUAACAUUUCAGCUUUUGAUCAAUGAAGCUCAUAGGGAAACUCCAACCCUAGAAUAAAUGCAAAGACUGCUUUAAUCAAGGACAAGUCUCUGGACAACCGUAAUUCCUAUGAGAGAACAUGAGAAUAUGAUGGAGAAAAUAUUCAUCUAUAGGAUUCUCACUUUGUUUCCAAAUGCCACAGCUCGAAAAUUACUGCUGAUGUUGAUAUUUAUAUUAAUUUUCUGGGUUAUUUACUUGGCUUCGAAAGACCACACAAAGUUCUUGUUUAGCUUGGAAAACCAUAUUACUGUGAACCAAGGGAACGUCUUCAAAAAAUUGUCACGCUCUGAAGCACCAUUGUGUCCAACAGUUUCACCAAAAAAGACUGAACUGGGAAUAAAGGAAAUCAUGGAGAAACUAGACCAGCAGAUCCCACCCAGACCUUUCACCCACGUGAACACCACCACCAGUGCCGCACACAGCACAGCCACCAUCCUCAACCCUCGAGACACAUACUGCAGGGGGGACCAGCUGGACAUCCUGCUGGAGAUGAGGGACCACUUGGGACACAGGAAGCAAUAUGGCGGAGAUUUCCUGAGGGCCAGGAUGUCCUCCCCAACUCUGAUGGCAGGUGCUUCGGGAAAGGUGACUGACUUCAACAACGGCACCUACCUGAUCAGCUUCACUCUGUUCUGGGAGGGACAGGUCUCCUUGUCUCUGCUGCUCAUCCACCCCAGUGAAGGGACAUCAGCUCUCUGGCAGGCAAGGAACCAAGGCUGUGAUAGGGUCAUCUUUAUUGGCCUAUUUGCCAACAGAACCUCCAGUGUCUUCACUGAAUGUGGCCUGAGCCUAAACACAAAUGCUGAACUGUGCCAGUACAUGGAUGACAGAGACCAAGAAGCCUUCUACUGUGUGAGGCCUCAAUAUAUGCCCUGUGAAGCUCUGACCCACAUGACUUCUAGGACAAGAAAUAUUUCCUAUCUUAGCAAGGAAGAAUGGAGCCUUUUCCACAGGUCCAACAUAGGAGUUGAAAUGAUGAAGAACUUUGCCCCCAUUGAAGUCGUACCGUGUAACAAGAGCGAGAACAUAAAAAAGAGCUGCCAGAUUGGAAUGAAGCCUCCUUUCCCCAGUGGUUAUACUUUGAAAAAAAUGUGGAUUACAGCAUUUUGUAAACAGAUCAAGUUCGAUGAAACAAAAAACAUAAAUGACUGCUUGGAAAGAAAAUUUAUUUAUCUCAUGGGAGAUUCAACACUGCGUCAGUGGAUUUACUACUUACAAAAAUCUGUGAAAAACUUAAAAUAUUUUGAUCAUCAUGGAGCUGGGAUCUUUAAGACACAUGUUCUUCUGGAUGUUGAAAGACAUAUUUUGAUUCAGUGGAAAAAACAUGGAUAUCCAUUUGUUACCAAAAAGCUAUUCUCAGUGAAAGAUGAAAACUAUAUCCCGCGGGAAAUUGACCGGGUAGCAGGAGACAAAAACACGGCCAUUGUCAUUACCCUCGGCCAGCACUUCAGACCCUUUCCCAUCAACAUUUUCAUCCGUAGGGCCAUCAAUAUUCAAAAGGCCAUUGAACGUCUAUUCUUGCGAAGCCCAGAGACCAAGGUGAUACUUAAAACUGAAAACACCAGAGAGUUACAUCAAAAUGCAGAGAUGUUUAGUGACUUUCAUGGCUAUAUUCAGAAUCUUAUCAUAAGGGAUAUUUUUGUGAAUCUUAAUGUGGGCAUUAUUGAUGCCUGGGACAUGACAAUUGCAUAUUGCACUAAUAACGCCCAUCCACCUGAUUACGUGAUUCAGAAUCAGAUUGGCAUGUUCUUAAACUACAUAUGUUAGAGGUAAAAUAUAAAAAUAGCACUAGCCACUUUCAAUAGAUGAUCUUACAUAGAUAGCAAAGAUAGCUUAAUGCCACACAAGUUCUGAGGAAACUAAAUUUGAAAAAGUUUUAUUGUAGUUAAAUAUAUAUAGCAUAAAAUUUACCAUUUAAGCCAUUUUAUUAUUUAUUAUAUUGUAUUUUUGAGAUGGAGUUUCAAUCUUGUUGCCCACACUGGAGUGCAAUGACAGGAUCUUGACUCACUGCAGCCUCUGCCUCCCAGGUUCAAGUGAUUCUCCUGCCUCAGCCUCCUAAGUAGCUGGGAUUACCAGCUCCUGCCACCAUGCCUGGCUAAUUUUUGUAAUUUUUAGCAGAGAUGUUUCACUAUGUUGGCCAGGCUGGUCUUGAACUUCUGACCUCAGGUGAUCUGCCCGCCUCAGCCUCCCACAGUGCUGGGAUUACAGGUGUGAGCCACUGUGCCUUAUUUUAUUUUAAUUUUUCAAGACAGUCUCACUCUGUCACCAAGACUGGAGUGCAGUGGCGUGAUCUCUGCUCACUGUAAUCUCUACCUCCCAGGUUCAAGCAAUUCUGACUCAGCCUCCCAUGUAGUUGGGAUCACUGGCGUGCACCACAACACCCAGCUAUAAACAAUUUUUAAGUGUACAAUUCAGUGAUAUUAAGUUAUUUACAGUGUUGUGAAACCAUCAUCAUGAUCCAUCUCUGGCACGUUUUUAACAUUCCGAAAAGAAACUUGGAACCCAUUAAGCAAUAACUCCCCAUUCACUCCUGUCCUUGGCUUAUGGCAACCACCAUUGUAUUUUCUGGCCUGAAUUUGACUAUAUUAGGUAGCUCAAAAAAGUCAGAACAUGCAGUAUUUGUCCUUUUCUGUCUGGCUAAUUUCACUUAGCCUAAUGUUUUUAAGGUUCAUCUAUGUUGUAGCAUUUGUCAGAAUUUUCCUUUAUUUUUAAGGCUGAAUAAUAUUUCAUUGUAUGUAUGUUUUGUUUAUCCCUUCAUUUGUUGAUUGACAUUUGGGUUGUUUCCCCCUUUUGGCUACUGUGAAUAGUGCUACUGGGAAGAGGGAAUCAAAUUUAAAGGCAUGUCUCCAAUGCUGAGCAUGAUGAUUGAAUAGCAAAUGAUCAUCAUCCAUAAUUUGAAAACAUGCACAGCCCAGAAAUGCAUAGAUUCAAGUUUAGAGAAAUGAUUCAAGUUUAGAGAAAAUGUCAUGUAUACAGGAACACUUAGUGGGAUCAUAAUAGCAGUCUUCUUACUUAGGAAAACUGUUUGGAAUUUAGUAACCAGUUGUUCUCUAGAUUCCAGUAAAAAUCAUGGAUCACAAUCCAAAACCCACGGGCUCAUUGAGAAAAACCAAGUUAGCAUUAUAUUAAUGUACAGACCCCAGAACCCUGAUUCCUGGACAUUCUAAAAUAUGAUGUGGGACCCCUUCCAGAGAGCCUCAAAUGACAAAUUUUGUCUCUAUAGCUUCCUCUUAUUAUAAAGAUACACACUCUUUCUAUUAAUAUACUCUAGGUCUCAAGAGUGUAUUAGGGAAUAUUGUUAUCAAGGAUACUUCCCCUGUUAGGACUGUGUUUCUUAGUUAGAGAAAGUGAAAUUAUAAUGCUGUAACACCAGUAGAAAGUCUGGGUGAUACAGCUUAGCACUAGACUCCUUAGCACGUUAGAAAUUUCUUCCUUGUAUCAAAUUACUUAUUGAUUCUAAUUCCUCCUUUUGGAAACUUUCAAAGUGGAUUUAAUUAUUCUUCCAAACAUUGCACUGUUAAUUGCUUAAAUGAAUCAUCAUUUUCCCACCAAGACCACCUCAAAUUCCUUCAACCUAGUUCUGAUAUAAUAUAGUUACUAGUUUUCUUACUUCACUCUUCACAUGCACUGAAGAUUGUCUAUGUGACUCUACAACUCAUUCUGCAAUGUGUCUUCUACCCGAUCUCUCACCUCAACAAAUUGAAUGCUUUAAUUUAAAUGUGAUAAAUCAGCCCCUAUGAAAGAGGGUCUAUUAUUUCUCUUGUUCUAGAAUUGCACUGUACAACACAAUAGCCAUCAGUUGCAUAUGGUUAUUUAAAUUUAAAUUAAAUUAAAUUAAAAAAUUAGUUUCUCAGUAGCACUAUUCACAUUUCAAGUGUUCAAUAGCCACUUGGAGCUAGUGGUACUGUACAGAUAGCAUAAUAUUUGCUUGCAUUUUUCUCUAGAGAAUAUUUUUUAAUGUUUUGUCAUUAUAAUUGGUUGUAUGUUUAAAAGUAAAUUCCAUGAUAAAUUAUAAUUUUUUAUGGUGAGUAAAAAGAAAAAAUCACCCAAUGUUGGUAAAUGUCAAGUCCCUGACGUUUUUAUUUGUUGUUCUUUAGGUUGUGGGGUACAUGUGCAGAUCAUGCAGUAUUGUUGCAUAGGUACGCACAUGGCAAUGUGGCUUGCUGCCUCCAUCCCCCGUCACCUACAUCUGGCAUUGCUCCCCAUGUUGUCCCCCCCAACCUCCUGACCCCCCCCAUUGUCCCUCCCUUGGUCCCCCAAACAGAUCCCAGUUUGUGCUGCUCCCCUCCCUUUGUCUCUGUGUUCUCAUCGUUCAACAGCUGCCUAUGAAUGAGAACAUGCGGUGUUUGAUUUUCUGUUCUUGUGUCAGUUUGCUGAGAUUUAUGGUUUCCAGAUUCAUCCAUGUCCCUACAAAGGACACGAACUCAUCAUUUUUUAUGGCUGCAUAGUAUUCCAUGGUGUAUAUGUGCCAUAUUUUCCUUGUCUAGUCUAUCGUUGAUAGGCAUUUGGGUUGGUUCCAGGUCUUUGCUAUUGUAAACAGUGCCGCAGUGAACAUAUGUGUGCAUGUGACUUUAUAAUAGAACAAUUUAUAAUCCUCUGGACAUAUACCCAGUAAUGGGAUUGCUGGGUCAAAUGGAAUUUCUAUUUCUAGGUCCUUGAGGAAUCACCACACUGUCUUCCACAGUGGUUGAACUAGUUUACACUCCCACCAACAGUGUAAAAGUGUUCCUAUUUCUCCACAUCCUCUCCAGUAUCUGUUGUCUCCAGAUAUUUUAACCAUUGCCAUUCUAACUGGUGUGAGGUGGUAUCUCAAUGUGGUUUUGAUUUGCAUUUCUCUAAUAGUCAGUGAUGAUGAGCAUUUUUUCAUAUGUUUGUUGCCACAUAACUGUCUUCUUUUGAAAAGUGUCUAUUCAUAUCCUUCACUUACUUUUGGAUGGGUUUGUUUCAUUCUUGUAAAUCUGUUUUAGUUCUUUGUAGAUUCUGGAUAUUAGCCCUUUGUCAGAUGGGUAGAUUGCAAAAUUUUUUCCCAUUCUGUUGCUUGCUGGUUCAUUCUAAUAAUUGUUUCUUUUGCUGUACAGAAGCUCUGGAGUUUUUAAUUAGAUCCCAUUUGUCUAUUUUGGCUAUUGUUGCCAGUGCUUUUGGUGUUUUAGUCAUGAAGUCCUUGCCUAUGUCUAUGUCCUGCAUUGUUUUGCCUAGGUUUUCUUCUAGGGUUUUUAUGGUGUUAGGUCUUAUAUUUAAGUCUUUAAUCCAUCUGGACCCCUUCCUGACACCUUACACUAAAAUUCCUGACUUUUAAGCCAUUUACUUGUUGUUUACUUUUUAAAGAAAUCUUGGUAUCUAAAUAUUUCAUAAUGUUUUGGCUUAAAGUGAUAGCUUCAGGUUAUUGCAGAUAUUGACUAUAUUGCUAAUAUAUAAGACUUAAGCAAGCCAUUUGAAAUCGUAGAAACAUUCUCUAUUGGUAUUAUCAGACCUCUUUCAAAAACCCUUUUAUGCACAAUGGAAUGAAACAAAACUAGAAAUCAGUAGCAGAAGGAAAAUAGCAAAAUCCAUAAAUAUUUCGAAAUUAAACAUUGAACUCUUAAACAGCCUAUGGGUCAAAGAAGAACACACCAGGGGAUUUAGGAAAUAGCUGGAGACAAGUGAAAACAAAGACACAACACAUUCAAACAUAUGGGAUGCAGUGAGAGUGGCACUAACAGGAAAGUUCAGAGCAAUAAAUGCCUACAUGAAAAAAAGUUUACAAAUUAACAACCUAACACUGCACUUCAAGAAACUAGAAAAAGAAGAACAAACAAAGCCCAAAGUCAGGAGAAGGAAGGGAAUAAUAAAGAUUCAAGCAGAGAUAAGGGAAAUAAAGUAAACCAUAAAUCAUAGAAAAGAUCAAUAAAACUAAGAGUUGGUUCUUCAAAAAGAUCAGUGUAACAAACUUAUAGCUAGACUAAGAAAAAGAGAGAAGACUUAAAUAAUUAAAAUUAUAAAUGGGCAAUGAGACAUUACAAUGGAUGCCACAGAAAUAAAAAAAAAGAUUACAAGAGACUACUACGAACAAUUGUACACUAACAAAUUGUAUAACCUAGAAGAAAUUGAUAAAUUUAUAGAAACAUAUAACCUAUGAAGACUGAAUCAUAAAGAAAUAAAACAUUUGAACAGACCUGUAACUGAGAGGACAAACCUUUCCAUAAUAACAAUAACAAUAAAAAGCCCAGGCCCAGAUGGCUUCAGUGGAGAAUUCUAUUAAACAUUUAAAGAAGAAUUAACACCAGUCCUCAAACUCUCCCAAAAAAUAAUAAGAAGGAAUUCUCCCAAACUCAUUCUGUGAGGCAAGCAUUACCCUGAUACCAAGACAAAGACAAGAAAAGAAAAUUACAGGCCAAUAUCCCCGAUAAGCAUAGAUGCAAAGACCCUAAAAGAUAAGGAAUAAUAGCAAACUGAAUUCAAUAGCCCAUUAAAAGCAUCAUAUACCAUGACCAAAUGGCAAUUAUACCUGAACAAUGAUGGCUCAACAUAUGAAAAUCAAUCAAUAUAAUGUGCCACAUUCACAAAAUGAGAAACAAAAGCCACAUGAUCAUCUCAAUUGAUGCAAGCAAAGCAUUGGACAAAAUUCAACAUCCUUUCAUGAUAAAAAAAUUCAAUAAACUAUGAAUAGAGGGAAACUAUCUCAACAUAAUAAAAGCCAUAUAUGAAAAGCCCACAGAUAACACCACAUGCAACUAGGAACAACUAAUUUUCCUCUAAGAUCAGGAACAAAGCAAAGAUGCCCAUCCUGGCUGCUAUUCAACAUAGUACUGAAAUUUCCAGCCAGAGCAAUUAAAACAAACAAACAAAAAAGAGAUAAAAGACAUAUACCUGGAAAAGCAGAAGUAAAUUCUCUCUGUUCACAGGUGACAUGAUCUUAUGUUUAGAAAAUCUUAAAGAUUCUGCACAGAACUUGUUACAGCUAGGAAAUGGAUUCAACAAAGUUUCAGGACAUAAAACCAACACUCAAAAAUUAGUUGCAUUUCUAUACCAAUGACCAAUUCAAAAAGGAAAUUAAGAAAACAAUCCCAUUUCCUAUGGUACCAAAAAGGAUAAAAUAGCUAGCAAUAUGCUUAAUCAAAGAGAUGAAAGACCAAAAAGUAUAAAACAUUGCUAAAAGAAAUAAAACACAAAAAAAUGAAAAGAAUAUCCCACGCUUGUGGAUUGAAAGACCUAAUAUUUUUCAAUGUCAUACUAUCUAAAGCAAUCUACAAAUUCAGUGCAAUCUCUGUCAAAACCCAGUGGUUUUUUUUUUUUUAGAAUUAGAAAAAAACUCAUAAAAUUCAUGUGGAAUUUCAAGUGAUGAUGCGUAGCCUAAAUAAUAUUGGAAGAGAAGAACAAAGUUGUAGACCUCACACUCAUUCAUUUUAAGACAUACUUCAAAGCAACAAUAAUUCAAAUGGUGUAGUACUGACACAAAGAUAGAUAUGUAGACCAAUGGAGCAGAAUGAAAAGCCCAGAAAUAAACCCUGGCAUAUCUGGCUACAUGAUUUUUAGGAAGUGUGCCAAAACUAUACAAUGGAGAAAGAAAGAACACUUUCUUUAACAAAUGGUGUUGGGAAAACUGAGUAUAUUCACAUGCAAAAGAAUGAAGCUGGACUCUUACUUUAUAGCAUAUACAAAAAUUAACUAAAAAAUGGAUUAAAGACCUAAAUAUAAGAUCCAAAACUACUAAACUUCUAGAAAAAAAUACAAAGGAAAAGCUUAAGGACAGCAGCUUAUUGGCUCUGAUAGCAAAUGCACAGACAACAAAAUUAAAAACAAAAUAAACAAAUGGGACUCUUCUGCAUAGCCAUAGAAACAAUCAACAGAAUGAAAAGACAACCUACAGAAUAGGAGGAAAUAAUUGCAAAUAGUAUAUCUGCUAAGCUGUUAAUAUCCAGAAUAUAUAUUUAAAAAAAACAGAUUUAAAAAUGGGCAAAGAAGUUGAACAGAUAGCUCUUCACAAAACAUAUACAAAUGGCCAAUAAACACACAAAAGAUGCUCAAUAUCACUAAUUAUUAGGGAACUUCAAAUCAAAAUCACAAUGAGACAUCACCUCACACCCAUCAGGAUGGCCACUAUCAAAAGAACACAAAACAGCAGGUGUCAGUGAGGAUGUAAGAAGUUGGAGCUGUUGUGUACUGUUAGUGGGAAUGUCAAAUAGUGCAACCAUUAUGGAAAACAGAAUGGAGGUGCCUCACAAAUUAAAGGUAGAAUUGCCAGAUAAUCCAACAAACCUAUUGUGGCUAGAUAUUCAAAAGAAUUCAAAGCAAAUUGAAUUAUUUCCAAAUAAUUCAAGGAGAUAUUUGCAUACCCAUGUUCAUCACAGGAUUAUUUCCAGUGGGUAAAAGGUGAAUCAACUCAAAUGUCUAUCAACAGGUGAAUGGAUAAUGAAAAUAUGGCACAUACAUACCGUGAAAAACCAUGCAACCUUAGUAAAGGAAGGAAAUCCUGUCACAUGCACACAUGAUGAACCUUGAGGACAUUAUGCUAAGUGGAAGAAGCCAGUGACAAAGGAUAAGUACUGUAGGAUUCCACUCCUAUGAUGUAUCCAUGGCAGUCGAAAUCAUAGAAACAGAAAGUGGAAAGGUGGUUAUCAUGGGCUGGUAGGUCAGGGAGUUAGUGUUUAGUGGUAUAGAGUUUCAGUGCUGCCAGGUAAAAAUGUUGUAGAGAUCUGUUGCAACAAUGUGAAUAUACUUAACACUACUGUACUGUACACUGAAAAAAUGGUUGGGGAUAAAUUUAACAGUUUUUUUGUUACCACAAUAGUAAUUUUAAAAAACCCUCAUUUAUGUUCUUUCCCUUUUGUGGCAAAUAAACUUAAAUGUGAAAAUCAGGAGUGUGUCAUUUCUUUGUCCAACCUGCUGAAAUGAAAUACAAUUGUCCCUCUGUGUAUGCAGGGGAUUGGUUGCAGGACACCUAUGUAGAUCAAAAUUCACUCAUGCCCAAACCCUAAACCUGAGUAUAUGAAAAGCUGGCCCUCUCUAUACAUGGGUUUAACAUUCUGUAAAUACUGUAUUUCGAUAGUUUGAUCCACAUUUGGUUGGAAAAAAAUCAGAUAUAGGCGGACCAGCACCGUUCAAACCCCUGUUGUUCAAGGGUCGACUAUUGUCUCAGUUGUUCAGUAUCCAUUAAUGACUUGAAUUCUCUAUUUUCUUCCAUACUAAAUCAACAUUAGGAGGUAUAUGAUUAAAAAUAGUUCUCUGUUAAUAAAGAAGCAUGUGAGUUGGCAUUCAGGGACAAGUCUUGCUGCACACAUAGCUGCUGCUCUCAUAGGAGUAAUCCCAAUGUUCUUUUCCAGUCUACACCAUGGAUCACAAAAUAAUUUGUAUAACGGUUCUUCCUGUACAGCACGAGUUUUCAAUGACAACCAGAUGCAAAAAGCCAUCAAGUGCUUCAGGCUCUUAUGCCUGCUGCACAGAUGCCAAGAACGUAAUCUCGCUCUGCAUAUAAAUCAUUUCCAUCUACUAUAAAGCAAGAUGUGUUCUAGUACAUACUUUUUCAUUCACAUUAUGUGCUACUGACAGUAUGUUUGUAUAACAGCAUAAUUGACAUAGACAUUUUGCUGACUUACUUCUGAUUUAGCAUCAACUAUAUGUAUCACUAGCUUGUGGUUGGCUUUAUAAACUUCUUGCCAGUGGUUUGAGUUGUACCUUUUUUCACCGUCAGGAGUACAAGGACAAGUACAAGUUACCUUGGUCACUCUAGUCUUUUUUUUUCUUUUUACUUUAUUGAUAAAACUCAUCAACUUGAUACUGGAAACCAAUAUCUUGUAGUUGUUCGUUCUUGUUCUGGAGAAAAGUAGAUUGCUUUAGCAGAGAGACGACUGUGCUUUGCCUGACAAUUAUAUAAAAGUCUUUGAUGGCUUUAGUCCUCUGUAGUAGCUAGGACUUUUAUACAGGUGAUAGAAAUCUACCUCAAACUAGUCUAAGGAGGGGUGGGAAGCACUGAAUUAGCUCAUAACUGAGAAGGCAGAGAAAGUGCAAAUGCUACAAUAAUUGUGGUAUAAAAGCUGAGGUUCUCUUACACUUGGGGCGUCUAAAAAGAAACUCCAGGGGGCUCCCAGUGGUCAGAUAUGGGACAACUUAGGCACCAAAAAGGAAAGAAUGAUUGCAAAUAUUUAAAACACAUGAAAUGUAUAGUUGAUGUCUGUAUGUCUGAGGCAGAGAGGAGGAGGAGGCCUUAUUUAUCAUUACUGGAGGUAGCUAGUAUAGACACUGCUAUGGUCUGAAUGUUGGUGUCCCCUCAAAAUUCAUAUGGUGAAACCAAAUUCCCAUAGUAAUGUAUUAAGUGGGAAUUGCUCUACUCUCUCCUUGCAAAUAAUUAUUUGUUUUAGUCCAUCAUAAAUUUAAAUUCGUACUCCUACUUAGUGAUUAUACUAACAUGAGAAGAAAUCUACUGAAUCAUCAUUGAGAAGGAUGAGGAAUUUAGAUCACGUCCAGCUUCUCUCCUCCACUGUAAGAUCUCUUCCUUGUAUUUUAACCUCUAUUUCAUGUCAGAUCUCCUGUGGUCCGUAUAUCUUUACUGCCAAUAUGUGAGAUAAAUAAUAGUGCCCACUACUUCCUCCUUCCUUUGACCUUCCUCCAAACCCAAACCCAGGAAGUGACAGAAAUAAUAAUGUUUAAAGAACAAAUUAAUAGCCAUUCCAGGAAACAAAAGAAAGUAACAACAGCAGGUGAGAAAUAUCGAGCAAUCGAAAGUCAGAAAACAGUGUUUGUCCUGGGGGACAUGAGGAGGCAGCAGCCUAAUGUGGCAGAGGACUGGGUGCCACGGGCUCAGGAGGGCAGGGGAGCUGUCUGGUUGUGCCUUGGCUUUUCUUCACAUUGUCCUUGAUGGACCUUUGCCCAUUCUGUUGUCACUGUGGGCCCCUGAUAUGAAUCAGAGGUGACCAUUAGAGUCAUUGAAUGCAUAUGGGCAGAGAAAGAGUUUAAAACACUCACAGGCUUUGCUCCUUCAGACCUGAUGUAAAAUCUGCAGGAGCAGCUGUUGCCAGUCUCAUGCGCUCACCUGGACCAGGCACUAUAAGCCUGCUUCUUGGGGCUGUGGUGAUGAGGGUCAGGCCACAGGGUGAGUGUUAUGUGGCUCCUCUGAAGCAGUUUCCUCGUCAUGUUCAGGGACUGGGAGCCUUGAGAGGUAAGUGGGGCCUAAGCGGGUAUGGUACCUUGGCUGGUAUGCAGAGCCCCUGCAGACCUUGUCCUGAUUCUCUUUCAUCAGUCUUUCUUAGGUCGACUGCCUCCUGACACUUGGUUGGUUCCCAUUCUCUUUUUAAAAAUGCAGCUCAAGUACCUGGGCAUUUCUCCUUCAGUCUGCACUGAAUAUGGGCAGUGUUUGCUGCACUGGGGCACAGUUGGGAUUUUCUUUGAGCUCUGCAAUGAUCAGGUCUUGGUUCUUCUUACCUAUCAGAAGCAUUUUUUUUUUUUUUUGUAGAAAGUGAUUUAUUUAGAGAGAGAAAAAGGAGAAGGAGAGAGAAACAGCUAACUCACACUGAGUGAGGGAAAGAAAAGCCGCUCUCACACUGAGUGAGAAGGGUUCUCAGAGGGAGAAAACCAGAGAAGGAAAGCUCCUCUCACACUGAGUGAGAGAAUCCAGAAGGAUGGAACCCAGGAGAGGAAAGCAGCUUCCACACUGAGUGGAAGGGAAUUGAGAGAGAGAGAUGGAGUUUAGGAGGGGAAGACAGGCUUCCACGAGAGAGUGUGGAAGGGGACCCCAGGGGGGAAAUCCAGGAGAAAGAAAGAUAGCUUCCACAAACGGAACU